AUGGCGAUGAACACCAGAACGGCCUCAAAAGCAUUCAGAUCUUUGCGACCAAUCGGCGUUCGUACUUUGGCUGUCCCAGCUCAUCGUAACUAUGCUACAUCAUCCGAACCAGAUCUCAAAACUACCUUCAAGGAAUCCAUUCCUGCGAAGCGCGAGCUGUUGAGGAAAGUCAAGGCGAAAGGCGAUAAAGUUAUUGGAGAGGUUAAAAUCGAGAAUACAAUUGGUGGAAUGAGGGGAUUGAAAGCUAUGGUAUGGGAAGGUUCCGUUUUAGAUGCCAAUGAGGGUAUUAGGUUUCAUGGCAGAACUAUCAAGGACUGUCAAAAGGAGUUGCCGAAAGGAACAAGUGGUACAGAAAUGCUCCCAGAAGCUAUGUUCUGGCUACUUUUGACCGGACAAGUCCCUUCUACUUCACAAGUCAGAAAAUUCUCCAGGGAACUGGCGGAGCAAUCAGCGCUCCCAGAUUUCGUGAACAAGAUACUCGAUAAAUUCCCAAAAGAUCUACAUCCAAUGACUCAGUUCGCGAUCGCUGUUUCAGCACUCUCACAUACUUCCAAGUUCGCCAAAGCAUACGAGAAGGGAAUAAACAAAGCGGAUUAUUGGGAGCCAACUUUCGAUGACAGUAUCUCUCUUUUAGCGAAACUCCCUGUGAUUGCUGCCAAGAUAUAUCAAAACUCAUAUAGAGGUGGUGGAGCUCUCCCUGCUGAGGUUGAUCUGGAACAAGAUUGGUCAUACAAUUUCGCAGCCAUGCUCGGCAAGGGAGGAAAGGAGAAUGAGAACUUCCAAGAUUUGCUGAGGUUAUACUUGGCUCUUCAUGGUGAUCACGAAGGCGGAAAUGUUUCGGCCCAUACCACUCACUUGGUUGGAAGUGCUUUAAGUGAUCCCUUCUUAAGUUACAGUGCUGGUCUGCAAGGUCUCGCUGGACCUCUCCACGGUCUGGCCGCACAGGAAGUCCUCAGAUGGAUAUUACAAAUGCAAGAGCACGUAGGAACUAAAUUCACUGACAAAGAUGUAUCCGACUACUUGUGGUCAACCCUCAAAUCUGGUCGUGUAGUCCCCGGUUACGGACACGCCGUUCUCCGUAAACCCGAUCCCCGUUUCGAAGCACUCAUGGAUUACGCCUCAUCCCGCCCAGAAAUCGCCAAAGAUCCCGUCUUCCAACUUGUCAAGAAAAACUCCGAAAUCGCGCCAGAAGUAUUGAAAGAGCAUGGGAAAACCAAAAAUCCAUACCCAAAUGUAGAUUCUAGCUCUGGUGUGUUGUUCCAUCACUAUGGUUUCCAUGAGACACUUUAUUAUACUGCAACCUUUGGUGUUAGUAGAGGUUUGGGACCAUUGGCACAGUUAAUCUGGGAUAGAGCUUUGGGAUUACCAAUUGAGAGACCUAAGAGUAUUAAUUUGGAGGGUUUGUUGAAGUUGGCAGAAUAG